AUGGGCCGCCUGCGCCGGAGGACCGCGGCGCUGCUGCUCGUGCUGCUGGCAGAGUGCUCAGAGGCUAAGAAACACUGCUGGUAUUUUGAAGGACUUUAUCCAACAUAUUACAUAUGCCGUUCCUAUGAGGACUGUUGCGGCUCCCGGUGCUGCGUACGUGCCCUCUCCAUACAGAGGUUGUGGUAUUUCUGGUUCCUCCUCAUGAUGGGGGUGCUCUUCUGCUGUGGGGCCGGCUUUUUCAUCCGGAGGCGCAUGUACCCCCCACCGCUGAUUGAGGAACCCGCAUUCAAUGUGUCCUACACACGACAGCCCCCGAACCCUGGCACAGGAGUCCAGCCACCGGGGCCACCUUAUUACACUGAUCCCGGAGGACCUGGUAUGACUCCUGCCGGGAACACCUUGGCCAUGGCCUUCCAGGUCCAGCCCAGCUCACCCCAGGGAAGCUCAGCCUACCCACCCCCUCCUUCCUAUUGCAACACGCCCCCACCCCCAUAUGAGCAGGUGGUGAAGGCCAAGUAGGGCUGCUGCCCAUGAAGAGGGGCCUUCCACUCGGCAGCCUGCCCACUGAUGCUUGCUCCAGGCUUGUCCAGGCAGACUCCUCUGAUACUUCCCAAGCAAGCAGAGCCUCGUCAAGGUCUCUGUGGAGGACACUGGACUCAUACACCUCUGCUCGGCUGCUGCUGUCCCAGUGCAACACAGUGUUGUGUUGUGGCAAAGCCCCUGGGAAUUAGUCCUCGGAAGACAAGGAAGGCACAGAGCAACCUGGGAGGGGCACG